AUGGAACAAAGGAACAAUGUGACUGAGUUUGUCCUUGUGGGGCUCACUCAGAGCCCUCAGGGACAGAAAAUAUUAUUUGUUGUGUUCUUGCUCAUCUACAUUGUGACAAUGGUAGGCAACAUACUCAUUGCUGUGACUGUGGUGGUCAGCCCAAGUUUGGAUACCCCUAUGUACUUCUUCCUUGGCUAUUUAUCAUUUAUGGAUGCCAUUUAUUCUACUACAGUUACCCCAAAUAUGAUUAUAGACUUACUCUAUGAGAAGAAAACCAUCUCAUUUCAAGCUUGCAUGACCCAGCUUUUUAUAGGACACUUAUUUGGGGGUGCUGAGAUUUUACUCCUGGUUGUCAUGGCCUAUGACCGCUACGUGGCCAUCUGCAAACCCCUGCAUUAUUUGACCAUCAUGAACCAAAGGGUGUGCAUUCUACUGCUGCUGUUGGCCUGGGCUGGAGGUUUCUUGCAUGCUGUAGUUCAUCCUCUUUUUGUGUAUAACCUUCCCUUCUGUGGCCCCAAUGUCAUUGACCAUUUCAUCUGUGACAUGUACCCUUUAUUAAAACUUGCCUGCACUGACACCUACAUUAUUGGCCUUACUGUGGUUGCCAAUGAUGGGGCAAUCUGUGUGGUCAUCUUUACGCUCUUACUCAUCUCCUAUGGGGUCAUUCUGCACUCCCUGAAGAGUCUUAGUCAGGAAGGGAGGCACAAAGCCUUAUCCACCUGUGUCUCCCACAUCACUGUAGUGAUCUUCUUCUUUGUCCCUUGUAUUUUCAUGUAUGUGAGACCUCCUUCGACCUUGCCCAUUGAUAAAUCCUUGACUGUGUUUUACACUGUUAUCACCCCUGUGUUGAACCCUCUAAUCUAUACCUUAAGAAAUGCAGAGAUGAAAAAUGCUAUAAAGAAGCUCUGGACCAGAAAAAGAAAAUGA